AGGAACUGUGGUGAAAGAUUUGGCCCCCAGGCCUCAAGCCCUAGGAGCCUAAUGGGCAUUCACAACGACGACAAAACAUCAAUUGACUGCUAGAGAGAGAGAGAGAGAGAGAGAUUUUCUCUGGUAAUGGCAUCGGAAGCUCCAAAUCUCAAUUCACAUAGGCUUUGUCCCAGAUGAUAAUGCUUCAUUAAAGAGAAGCUGCAUAGGAGGAACAAAAUGAAUCCCCAGGGGUAGCGGCAAGAAUGGCAUCUCCUUUUACCUCGAUGGGAGAGAGGCCUUCUCUUUUAUCCCUUUGUACAAAUGCACUUGCAUCAACCAUUAUUGGUGGAAAGUAUGAAUUACAUCACAUAUCUGAACUCCCAUCAGAUUUAUAUGAUGACUUAUUGCUGUGCCUGACCCCAUCAGCCUUGCAAGAGCUACAGGAUGAGCUGGUUAGCUACUUAAGGUUGCGAAAUUGUUGUGCCAGGGAUCCUCUAACAUCCAAUACCAAUGAAAAUGUUAGAAAGCGUGCUAGAUUUGAUGAGAGCUUUGGGCAUCGAAGCGAAGGAAAAUUUCCUUUGACAGGUGAUGAUUUCCUGAUUCAAUUAGACAAUAGUUUUAGUAUGGCAUGGAAGGCUUUGUUAAAGGCAAGGUGGCCUCAAGGUGGAAAGCAGGUCCAAUGGAUUGAUUCUAUGUUAAUGCAAGAUAGUAAGGGAAACUCCGAGGAUGCCAGCAACUGGCAGCAGAUGUAUUGGGAAGCUCACCUACAACAUUGCCUUGAUGAAGCAGCUGCUCAGGCGUUAUUGCCUAAUUUUCAAGGUUGUAUUGGAGAUAUCACUUUGCUUGUUCCCAUGGAGCACACUGGAUCCAAGAUGGGGAUUCCUAGUACAAGUUAUGACCGUUCAAAGUUAUCUUAUAAUUGCCAACAAUAUGGGCGUUAUGCGAGAUUUGUGAAGCUUCAAAAUGUCCUUUGUGUUGAGGAAACAUGUAACCUUCUAAGGGAUAGCAGGCUGCAGGGGAUUGUGUUCCGAGGAAUCAAAUCUAGAAAUCAUGUUGAUGGAGCACGCAAACUCUUAAACCAGAAUGUCACGACGUUGUUGUCUCUGGAAUUCAUUCAUUGCAAACUGUCAGCAUCUGCUUUGAACGAUAUUUCUUAUUCUCUUUAUGACAAGGGGAACCCAAUGCACGGAAUCCAACACUUAUCGAUCAAAUCUUCAAGCUUUUUUAUGGGAAACACAACUUUCCCAUUUGGUUUUCUAUCUUUUCUCUUGUCGGGAAGGUCAUUGUAUUCAUUGAACAUCUGUGAUAGUGGCCUUGAAUUUAAAUUUGCACAAACGCUGUUGGACAUGAUCCAUGAUUCGAAAUCUAGCUUAUCUGCUCAUGAGCCAUCUGUCAAUAAGAUUCCAGGUUGUAGUGCCAAUGGAAGACUCCUACCUUGCUUUCUCUCAUCUUCAGGAGUUGAUUACUCACUUAAAGAAUUACGUGUUCUCAAUUUAAGGGGAAAUAAUCUAGGCACAGAACAUGCAGAAUGCCUUAAAUACCUUUUGAUUCACACACCCCAGUUGCAGAGCUUGGAUAUAAGUGAGAAUCCCAUAGGGGAUGAUGGCAUUGGCAGGAUUUUAGUUCCAAGUUUCAAAGAAGCUUCUGAAAGGCCCUGCCCUCUGGUGGAUAUAAAGGUGGAUAAUUGUGAUCUCUCCUCUGUAGGAGCAACCCAAUUUCUAGAUAUUUUCUCCACCUCUUGUGGACAUUUAACAGCUCUUUCAAUUGCAUAUAAUUACCUUGGCAGUCGUGCAGUGAUCCCUCUGGGGAACUUCUUGGAAGCGUCAUGUAUCCGAAGGCUCGAUAUCGAAGCAAUUGGGCUUGACUGUUCUGGUCUCACUGACUUUGCAAAAGCAUUGCCGAGCAACCUAGAAUUAGCCCAUAUAAAUCUGAGCAAGAAUCGUGGGGGAAUUGGAACUUCAACUUUUGUCUCCCAGCUCAUUUUACGGUCUCCUGACCUGCUUUCGGUUGAUGCCAGUUAUAAUUUUGUGCCCCAAGAAUCUUUGCCUCUGAUACAUGCUGCUUUAAGGCAAUCAAAGGGUAAGUUGAAACGAUUAGACUUGACUGGAAAUCCGGGGCUUUGCCAAUCAAAGAUUGCUUCAAUGUUUGAUGAGUUCCAAAAUAUGGGAGAACCUGUUGUGCUCUUUCCAUCAUCACCCAUACCCAGAGUAUCUUAUGACGAUGAUCCAUAAUGCAGCCAGUGUCACAGUUGCUGAUUUUCAUGGUUGUGUUUUCCAAUCCUCAGCAUGGGACAAGGCCUGAAGGAGUAGGGAGACUUCACUCUAGAGGGAUUAUAAAUCCCCAUAUUUAGAUGCACCCAAUAUCAACUGCACCACAACUUACGGGAUCCCUCUAGAGUGAAGUCUCCAGAUUGGGUGAAAUCCAAUUGAAAAUCACCACAAUUGAAAAAAUCCACAUGUUUGAGAUAAGUGCGACCUUAUUUGGGAUCAAAUGAUUGAGGAAGAGUUCACUAUGAAUCUCAUCGAAUGGAUGAGAGAAGAAGAGCUUGGGUGGUAUUCUAGGAGUGCAUCAUACCAUAUGUGAUACAUCUGAUAUAUGUAAUGUUUCUGGAGGGGCAAACUUGAUAUGAAAUCAGUUACCUAAUCUGGGGUUAUCUAAGCAUGGUGUUGGGUUUUGGGAUUAUUUGUUGAUUGAUUAGUUUUCAGCAUUUGCACCAUUAACUUGUCUUUGUAUCUUAUUCAUUUGUGUUUUAUAAAUUCUUGCCUGUCAAAA